CAAAAGCGCGUACGGCGCGAACGCUUUUUAUUCGUUUUUCGGUUUUUCUGCGCUACGGUUGCUUUCGGUUUCGCCAUCGCCUGCGUCAUCUACACGCUCCACACAAUGGGCUGGAUAUUUGCGGUGCUCAUCGCGCUGGUCGCUCUGCUGUUGACAAAACCUGGCUGGCGCUGGUUCUACAUUGCGGGAGCCACCGCCAACCGCGAUCUGACAGCUCUCUGGGCCUACAUCAAGCUCCUGAGGUAUACCAAGCGCCAUGAACGUCUCAAUUACACUGUGGCGGACGUCUUUGAGCGCAAUGUGCGCGCCCAUCCCGACAAGGUGGCCGUGGUCAGUGACACGCAACGCUGGACCUUUAGCCAGGUCAACGAGCACGCCAACAAGGUGGCCAAUGUACUGCAGGCGCAGGGCUUUCAAAAGGGCGAUGUGGUUGCCCUGCUGCUGGAGAACCGUGCCGAAUAUGUGGCCACCUGGCUGGGUCUGUCCAAGAUUGGCGUAAUCACUCCCUUGAUCAACACGAACCUGCGAGGACCAUCUUUGCUGCACAGCAUCACGGUGGCCCAUUGCACCGCCCUCAUUUACGGCGAGGACUUUUUGGAAGCUGUCUCUGAGGUGGCCAAGGAACUGCCCGCUGAGUUGACACUGUUCCAGUUUAACAAUGAGAACAACAACAGCCAGACGACGGAGAAGGACAUUGCCAGGUCCAAGAACCUAAAUGCGCUGCUCGCUACGGCCAGCAAGGACAAGCCCAACAAGGCGCAGGUUAACCACCACGAUAAACUCGUCUAUAUCUAUACCUCGGGCACCACGGGUCUACCCAAGGCGGCUGUCAUCUCACACUCUCGUUAUCUGUUCAUCGCUGCUGGCAUCCAUUACACCAUGGGCUUCCAGGAGGAAGACAUAUUCUAUACCCCCCUGCCCUUGUAUCACACCGCUGGCGGCAUCAUGUGCAUGGGUCAGUCGGUUCUAUUCGGUUCCACCGUGUCCAUUCGCAAGAAGUUCUCUGCCUCCAAUUAUUUCGCCGACUGCGCCAAGUACAAUGCGACUAUUGGACAGUAUAUCGGCGAGAUGGCCCGCUAUAUCCUAGCUACGAAGCCAUCGGAAUAUGACCGCAAGCAUCGUGUGCGUCUUGUGUUCGGCAACGGACUGCGUCCUCAAAUCUGGCCUCAGUUCGUGGAGCGCUUCAACGUUGCCAAGGUGGGAGAGUUCUACGGAGCGACUGAGGGAAAUGCCAACAUUAUGAAUCACGACAACACCGUGGGCGCCAUUGGCUUUGUAUCCCGCAUCCUGCCCAAGAUCUAUCCCAUUUCGAUUAUUCGUGCCGACCCGGACACUGGGGAGCCCAUUAGGAACAAGGACGGCCUCUGCCAGCUGUGCGCUCCCAAUGAGCCGGGUGUCUUCAUCGGCAAGAUCGUCAAGGGAAAUCCAUCGCGCGAGUUCCUCGGCUACGUGGAUGCCAAGGCCUCGGCCAAGAAAAUCGUCAAGGAUGUAUUCAAGCACGGCGAUAUGGCUUUUCUAUCCGGGGAUCUCCUGGUGGCUGACGAAAAAGGCUAUCUGUACUUCAAGGACCGCACCGGCGACACCUUCCGCUGGAAGGGCGAGAAUGUGUCCACCAGCGAGGUAGAGGCUCAAGUCAGCAAUGUUGCCGGCUACAAGGAUACCGUUGUCUACGGCAUAACCAUUCCGCACACCGAAGGCAGGGCUGGCAUGGCAGCAAUUUACGAUCCACAGCGGGAGCUCGAUCUCGACGCCUUCGCCGCCAUUUUGGCAAAGGUGCUGCCCGCCUACGCUCGUCCCCAGAUCAUUCGUCUCCUGACCAAGGUGGAUCUCACCGGCACGUUCAAGCUGCGCAAGGUGGAUCUGCAGAAGGAGGGCUACGACCCGAACUCUAUCAAGGAUACUCUCUACUAUCAGACCUCCAAGGGACGUUACGAGCUGCUCACGCCUCAGGUGUACGAUCAGGUGCAGCGCAACGAGAUUCGUUUCUAGGCGACGCGACUCGAUGCAUGAAAGCCUUGCCUUUUUGCCCAAUCAUAUGCUGUUAAUUAAUUUGUAAGAAAAAAAACGACGAGGCGAGUUUAGUUUAGGAAGAGAGAAAGAAACACGGGAAGAAUCCGCACUGAACCCGUGGUCAGCCGCGGGAUAGAAAGAUCAACAUGACACAUUUUUUUAUACCCUAAGCAUUCCAAUAUGAAUCGUAGUUGUUUGCAUUUUAAAUGCUUUUGGCUUUAGCUAAGAGAACCUUGUUAAUGUGCAAUUCAAGCUAUUUGUUUUUAGUCAGUUUUAGUGGCAUUUACACUUCCAUUCUCGCUGCAUUUGCAUCUAUGUACAUACGAGAAGCUACAUACUCCGAUGACGAAUAAAGUUUGUUUCUUCCAUCACAGA